AUGGAUCAAGCCAACUUGUGGACUCGGAGAUCAAAAGACCUCGAUCUAAAAGAUAGUGGCAAGUCAGAGUCUUCUCGAUCCUUUGGGCCACGCUCGGCACACGGCAAGACCAAUCCCUUCAACGCACCCUCUUCCGCUGCUGUAAAGUCGCCGGGAGCUGGUGCAUCUGCUUUUGGGCUUGGGACAGGCGCGUUCGCCUCGUUCGGACAAGCCAAAACGCCCAAGACCCCGGGCGCAGGCGCAAGCUUCGACUUUCCAAACAAGGACAAGGACAGGAAGGAGAAGGAAAAAGAGAAUGAACCCUUGAGAAGUCAGGGAGAACUCCCAUCCGCUUCUUCACGCACGGAUCAGAUCGAUCACAACCUAAGAAACACUUGGAAUAUCUUCUAUCGGCCACCAACCACAAGCAGAGACAAGGACUACGAAAAAUCAAUCAUCAAAGUAGCCUCGGUAAGUACAGUCGAAGGCUUCUGGACAGCCUAUACACACCUCAAACGACCCUCUCUACUGCCGACCGUGUCGGAUUAUCACAUCUUCAAGGAUGGUAUCAGGCCAGUGUGGGAAGAUGAUGCAAACAAAAAAGGUGGUAAGUGGAUUAUCAGACUGAAGAAAGGUGUCGCAGACCGAUACUGGGAAGACUUAUUACUUGCCAUAGCUGGCGACCAAUUCAUGGAAGCUAGUGACGAGGUCUGUGGUGCAGUCCUCAGCAAUCGUAGUGGCGAAGAUGUGCUAAGUAUCUGGACCAAGAACAACGGUGGUAGAAACGUCAAGAUUCGGUCAGUGAUGAAGCAGGUGCCCCAACUGGAAAAUUUACUGACAAUUGGCAGCGAAACAAUAAAACGAGUAUUGGCGUUUCCUCCAGACACGAAUAUCAUCUUUCGGAGCCACGACGAAAGCAUAGAGCAAAGGAAGGCCGUAGACGAAGCUCGACAACAGAAGAGCUCGGGAGCCUCGGGAGCAGAAAAGAAGCGGACGAGCCUCUAUGGUGAAGAGAACAAGGGCAAACCGUCUUAA